AUGAUUUUUAUACAGUCAAUUUCCUUUUAAAGUCUAUUUGAGCGAAAUGCAGACCAAUAUUGCAACUAAAUUUCGCUAGGUAAACUGUUUGCAACUUCACAUAAACUGAAAAUAUCCUACUUUUUUCGUCACCAGCUUUACCAUUGUGGAGAAAAACACGCAUGAAAUAUGGAUGUAGUGGGCGAUACGAUCAAAUCAAAAGCGAGAAAAGUUUUGCUUUGUUUUUGUGGGGUAAACAUUACGUGCUUCAUUAGGCUUUCUGCGGUUUCCAACGAACUCGCGAGAUCGUCUGUUUGAUAAGAGGAUGUUUUAAGAGGAGCUAGCUCUCCUUGCAGAUUAAAACUCGAGAGAACAAGGGAGACGGAAGCUGGAAAGGAUAACGUGGAGUUUAUCAUGGGAUUGGGAAACGAGACAAAAUUAGAUAGAAAUUUGGAGACGCCAUCGCGAACUUCAGGUAUAUUUUUCGCCGUUGUGUUGAUUCUAACAGCUGUUGUAAAUAUCAUUUCAAAUGUGUUGGUGCUGGUCGUUCUAGCGAGAAACAAUCGCCUUCGCACGUGUACGAACUUUUUCAUCGCUAAUUUGAGCGUGAUAGAUCUAUUGGCUGGUAUCAUUCUCAUACCUGCAGCUGCCGACUCGCUUUUGGCACAGGAGAGGAAAAUUAGCGACGACAAAGUCUGCGCAUUUUACGGGUUUUUAAAUUCGGUUUACGGGAUCGCAUCCUCAUUAACGGUGGCGGUAAUUGCCUUGGAUCGUUAUCACAGUAUUUUGAACUGCCUUCAGUAUGAAACAAUUGUGACACAGCGAAGAACGGCGUUAGUUCUCGUCUGGAUAUGGUUUCAAUCAACUUUCGUCUCAUUGUGUCCUCUUGUGGGUUGGGGGAGAUUUUCACUAAGUCCCAGCCAAAGCUGCUCUUCACAUCUCCAGGAUAAAAAUGGAUUUAUUUUCUUCAAAACAGCCAGCUGUGUCGUGUUACCGUACGCUAUCACCGUUUUUUGUUACACCAGGAUUCAUGUUGUAGCGAGAAGGCACGCUAGAACGAUCGUAAACAUCCAGAUUCGCGAUGCAAGAAACAGGCGUCUUAAAAGUGGAGCCAUAAAUCUCUCAGCGUCAAAGAAAACUGUCAUGGUUUAUGUUGUCCUUGGAGUGUAUACAAUUUGUUGGCUACCCUAUUACACUAUACCCCCUUUAGUAACUGUAUACCCCGAAGCAACAAUUCCUGUAACGUUUAUACUAACUGCAACUGUUUUAUCGUUAGUGAAUUCAGCUUGCAACCCUAUAAUGUAUGCUUUAAUCACGAGCCAAUUCCGAAAUGGACUAAAACGUGUCUAUCGCCGAAUCCGACGCAGUAUCUUCUCAGGCGAUGUCCGACAUUUAAAUCCGACGGGCCCGCGAGGAGAUUCUCGCAGCUCGUGGACGUUUACGAGAUCGAGCGCGAGGCGAUUUUUCGCGACGAGUCAGGACCCAGGGAGGCCGAAGCUCGUGAUGGACUUGAACCCAGCGUGUGCAGUCAUUAAAGAGGAAGAGAGCUCCAUGAAUACAAGGGCGGUGGAAAAACCGGAUGCUGGAAUUAAUUGUCCGCCUGCUUAUCCGUUGACAUUGCAAGUGCCGAACGAGCAGUGGCAUAAAAACAAAAAAACUGCCGUUAGAGCUUUAGCGGAUGGAGGUGUGAAGAAAAAUGGAUGGAUAGGGGACUAAAAUGAAGUGUUUUGCUUUACUUCUAUUGUCAGCUAAGUGGAUGAAUUAAUUUUGCGUGCCUUAUAAAUUAAAAUGAAGUAGAUGAAACAGCAGGUUUCUAGUUUAUGUAAAAUAUACAGCCGAUUACAAAUAAUAGUUAUCAAGGAUAUGAUAUCUCCAUGCAAGAUUAUGCGAUAAAAGACCACAUUAAUUAUUGCAAAAAUUGAAAACAUUCUCAGGUUAAAGUUUGUAAAACAAAAACAAAACAAAAAUAAGCGAGUUUUCGGCAAUUAGACUGCACGGCUUCGACGAAAGAUGAGAAUUGAGUGAGUACAUGAACAAAAAAGAGUAUCAAAAACAACAUGAUAAAAAUAUACAAAGAAGUUGAUAAAACAAAAGGGGAAAAAAUGCUAGUUAAAAUUAAGUAGCUCGCACGCUAAUGGAUCAUGGCCCUAGUGUAAUGAAUUAAUACUCAUAAAAAGUUUAUGCAUUCAUGUUUUAAAACUUUUAACCAGAGAAUGUUUUUAAACUUUGCAAUAUGUUCAGUGGUGGUUAAUCGUCUUCUCGUCCAUUUAUACUUGAUCUGUUGAAAUAUCUCCGCAGUAUCAUACCAUAAAAACCACAUUAAUUGGCUGGUUUUACUACGCGUUGACACCCCACUGAUUUGUUCAGUUCUCACAGCAGACCCCUAGAUGUCCGUUUUUGAAAAGUUUUUUUUAAAGAGCUAAAAAAGCACCAUAUAGCGGGUAGAUGCUUUCCUUUCUUCCUAGUAAAAAAAACCCUUGCAGUUGACAUCUCGUUUCUUGCCAAAUUCACCACACAUUUGUAGCAAAGCUUCAACAGCCUUUUUUCUAAGAACAAGGACGGAGUUUUCCCUACCGUUUCAUGCCACGACAGGUGGAAAUUCGUCUGCAAAGUAGCUUUUCCUUAAAGAUCCGCGGUAUUUUUGAAAAUAUUUAUCUUUUGUGUGUAUUCGUUGCUUAUCAACUCAUGAUUUGACUACGUCACAGUGGCUUUGAAAUACGUCAGCCACAAAAUUGCUUUCAAAUGUUCCGACUCGUAUGGUAAUGGCGGUCUUACGCCUACUUUAAGAUGGCGGCGCUAUGGACGAUUUUCUUCGAGGGAAUUGAGAAAGGGAAGCAAUGACUGAGUUCAUGUGAAUCCUCAUAAUUAAAAUUGCCCACCGAAUACCACACAAUUAAUCGAGCACGUUAACUCUUUCCAACCAAAGUUUUGACGUGUAAGUCACGCUCUGUCCUCCGCAUAGGCCUCUUUCGUGCUGCCUUGACCUUGUAGGCUGGUAGUUCGGAGCCAAGGCUUAAGAGAGGGAAAACCGAAGUACGCGGGGAACGUCAAGAAGGGAGAAGCCUUUCCCUCUUCCCAUUGUCCCCUGCGCGCCUUCCCACUCCCAAUCAACUUCCACCUUCCCUAGGGAACCUCUGUGGAGGAGAGAGUAAAGCGCGGGAAACCGCAAGUCCAUGUGCCCCGAGCGAAUACCGAGUACGCUCGAGCGUGUACCGAGUAUGAUUAACGAGCCGACGUUAAGGUACAAGGCUGGUUUGUUUUACAUUGUAAUUCCAGCCCGUUUCUGUUGCGUUUUCCGUUUCAAGGCAGCCUCCGCUUAAGGCGGGACUUAACCUAAAAUUCUGAAAGAAAUUCGA